AUGUUCCUCUUCAGACAUGUCUCCUUUCUCCCGAUCUUUCAGGUCCUUGGACUAAGCGGGAACCCUUCCGCCUUCCACAUCCGCUUUUAUCUUACUGUCGUUACUGACGACCAAAUCACAGCGUACAAACCGUACACAUUUUUUGCUAGUACAGCGUAUUGUCAGCCUAGUACUACUAUUAACUGGGAUUGCGGAUUUCCUUGUACGAGAAACCCGGAUUCCAUCCCCAUCGCAUCUGGCGGAGACGGUGACCUCGUUUUCUCUUAUACUCUCCCAGCGAAUCUCUACUUACUGACGUCGACUUUUUGCCUACCAACUUGGAUUUUGACCUUUUCCCUCAGUUCUCAUAUCCAAGUUCACAGCGGAUUCAAGGAGACCCAGGGAAAAUCAGCUGGCUCCUCAGAUCUGUUCCUGUGUCUACUUAUAUUUUGGCCUCAACCUAGGUCCGCGAAAGAUAUCUUACGAGCUGUGACAGCCGCUUUGUCUGAUCAUAACGCCAACAGCGUAACACUUGUUGGACAUUCGCUCGCCGCCGCACUAUCACUCUUGGAUGCUGUGUAUCUCCCUCUCCAAUUGACGAAUGCUACUUUCAAGAUGAUCGGUUAUGGCAUGCCUCGCGUUGGAAAUCAAGAGUCUGCAGACUACGUGGAUUCUGCUCUGGCUGGGAACCUCACACACAAAGAUUUCAUCUUGGCGUUGCCAGCGAAACUUCUGGGAUUCCGCCACCCUUCCGGCGAGAUUCAUAUUGAAGACAACAACAAUUGGAACUCUUGUCCAGAUACACUGAGCUUUGACGGCCGGGAGACGUGUUGA